CAGUGGCCAGGCUCAGCUGUGAGCAUCUGGUGUGGAAAGAUCGUCCAGGAUGACAGCCCCUCUACUGGGAUAUUGAUGACCAUUUCAUCUCCCCACCAUCCAGCCCCUGGAAUAAGGAGUACUUGUCCGGGGAGUCACAUUCACUGUCUACGCCGACCUGUCAUCUGCCAUAUACAUGAACCACAAAGUCUCCCGGGGACUACAGGAUGAAUCUGGGGGGUCUGCUAAUGUAUGUGUGGCUCCUCUAUGCGGUUCGUGCUGAGGGGGACCCUAUUCCAGAAGAAAUGUAUGAGAAAAUUGCAGCAGGAUCUGUCAAGUCCAUAAACGAUAUACGAAGACUGCUGCAAAUAGAUUCCGUAGAUGACGAGGAAGACUUAUACGAAUUAACCAGAAAUGAAAUAAGAAGUUUGCCUAGUGGCAAUUCCAGCCACUCCCGGGCCAUUCGCAGCUUAGAUGCUCAGCAGGCCCAGAUCGCAGAGUGCAAAACCAGAACAGAGGUGUUUGAAAUCACCCGCCAGAUGGUUGAUCCAACCAAUGCCAACUUCCUUGUGCAGCCACCAUGUGUGGAGGUUCAGAGAUGCUCAGGGUGUUGCAACUCAAGACACAUAAAAUGUGUUCCGUCCCGCAUGCGCAUCCGACAUGUGCAGGUGAAGAAAAUUGUGAUCAGGAAAUCCAGGAAGGAUAUUCAACUUGUCCCCAUUCCUCUGGAGGAGCAUUUGGAGUGCAGGUGUGAGUCAGUCAACCCCUUACCUAUCAGAAGUCACCACACUUCCAUUGAACAAAGAGGGGCUGCAGGUGUAACUGUAACUACAGUGCCUCCCCCCACUGCUGCCCGAAAGGAAGAGCCCCCACUUCGACCGUCAAAGAAGAAAAAUAAAAAAUUCAAGUAUCUUCCCAGUAAGAAGGAGCAGAGAGACCUCCUAGUCACGUAAUGACCAUGCAAAUGGCUCUUAGUAUCUGUCUCUGAACAGGAUAACUAAAGAAUACAUUUGGCCCCCAUGGGGUCCUCCGGCUCACUUCUGACCGCAUAUUUUAAUCGCCGGACUUGGCACUGGUGCUUUACAAAGACAGUUUUCAAAUAAAAA